CCUGUCAGCAGCUGUGCAGGCCGCACCGCGGAGCGCAACAACGCAGCCGGAGGACCCAGCAACCAACCGGAGGAGGGCGGGGUUAAAGAAAAGAAAAAAAGAGAAAAGGGGAUUCCUGGUGACCUAACGACAACACGGGAAGAUGAAUGUUGGCGUUGCUCACAGUGAGGUGAACCCCAACACGCGGGUGAUGAACAGCAGGGGAAUAUGGCUCACCUAUCUUCUGCUGACCGUGGUGCUGCACAUCGUUCUGCUCAGCAUUCCCUUCCUGUCGGUGCCGCUCGUCUGGACCCUCACCAAUGUCAUCCACAACCUGGCAAUGUACCUGUUUCUACACACAGUGAAGGGCACUCCCUUCGAAACCCCCGACCAAGGCAAAGCUCGUCUCCUCACACACUGGGAACAGAUGGACUACGGUGUCCAGUUCACUUCUUCGCGCAAGUUCCUCACCAUCUCACCAAUUGUUCUGCACAUUCUCGCCAGUUUCUACACAAAAUACGACGCGACACAUUUUUUCAUCAACACGUGCUCCCUGCUGACUGUCCUCAUCCCAAAGCUGCCUCAGCUUCAUGGAGUACGGAUAUUUGGCAUCAACAAAUACUGACGCAUCCUAAAACUGGGACUUUAUCCAAAAAAAACAAAAAUGGACUUAAAGUUCUCCAAACUGUUUUCUGAGUAAAGGUUGGAGGAGAAGAAAGGAAAAAAAAACAACAACAACCCGGCAGCGAGGAGCGCUCUGAAGAAUGCACUGUUUCAUCAAAGUAAAUACGUUCCGAUACUAAAAUAAAAUCUAUUUCUCAUGUUUUUUGAAGGUUUAAAAUGCACUAGUUUUAUUUUGUGAUGUUUGUCCAACUUUUGUUUUGCACUGGCUGCAAUUAUGUAAAGUUGUGUUUAUUGCCAUAAUUAUAAAUCAAUCAGUUUCUUUUGUACUUUCAAUCGGGCGUGCAUUUACACGCCCACAAUAAACAUUUUUGCGAUGAUA